AUGUCCUGGAAAGAAGCCAACUGCCACAGGCGCAUUCUUCGCGACGCCGAAAAUGGUCACUACGGAGUCAUUGCCGCCAUCGCAUACAACAUCGAACAAAUUUUAGGCUUGGUCAAAGCCGCAGAAUUGGCGAGAUCACCGCUCAUAAUCCAAUUUUUUCCUUGGGCCAUUGAAUCUACUGAUGGCUUGCUGGUGCGCGCUGCCGCCGACGCCGCCAAACGUGCGAGCGUGCCCAUCAGUAUCCACCUCGACCAUGCUCAGUCUCCAGACAUUAUGAAACGAGCAGCAGAGCUUCCAUUUGAUAGCAUAAUGGUUGAUAUGUCUCAUUACGAAAAAGAGGAAAAUUUGCAGAAGACUCGAGAGCUGGUUCAAUAUUGCAACGAACGGGAAAAGGCCACCGAAGCUGAGCCCGGUCGCAUUGAAGGAGGAGAAGAUGGUGUCAUGGACACAGCGGGGCUUCAAGCCUGCAUGACAACCUCUGAGGAGGUAGAUGAGUUUAUCGAAACGGGUGUUGAUGUCCUAGCCCCAUCUUUUGGCAAUGUCCAUGGUGAAUACGGCCCGCGUAGCCCCCAGCUGGAUUUCGACAGAUUUGAGAAAGUCAAAGCUCAAGCAAAUGGCAGAAUCAAUUUGGCUCUGCACGGCACCAACGGAUUUGCUCCGGAGCUGAUGAAACGCUGCGUGGCCGCGGGUGUUACCAAAAUCAACGUGAACCGACUAGUCCUGGAUGACUAUUAUGACCAUCUUCAUGCCAACGUCGGAAAGAUGCCGCAUACACAGCUUAUCGACGAGGGUAUACAGAAGGUGACGGAUCUCACGAUUAAAUGGAUGGAAAUCUGUGGAUCAGCGGGCAAGGCAUGA